CGACAUUUUCGUCCCUUUUGAGAUUGCCCAGCAUUCCGCCGACUCUGAUUUAGAGGGAUAAUCGAUGGAAAGUUACGAGGACGACGACGACACCCACUUUUGCAUCAAGUGCCAUCUGACGAUACACGGUCUGGAGAAUUACGUGCGACAUCGUCAAUCCGGAUGUCGACCACCGGACGACAAAAACGUAGCCGUGCGGGUAUCACCGACGACGCCCGCUUCACCGACCACCGUCACCUAUCCGGAAAUACUGAACGCGGACGCAUUCUUCAGUUCGUUGGAGCUGCAGAGCAGUUCCAAGUCGAAUCCUCGAAAAACGACCGCUUUGCUGGAGGAGAGUAAGAAGUUUAAAAAGGAGGAGAAAAAGAAAAAGAGUCAGAAAGCGCAGGUGGACGCGGAAGAAUCGACGGUAAAGGAGAAGCUUCACAAUAUGCUGCCAGGAGUCUCGGAACUCGACGAUCCAACCGAGCAUCUCUGCAUGCCAUCCCUCGUUGGCUUUCCCGAUAUCGUUUCCUCCGCGGCCAGUAAGCCUACGGUUACAAGCAGUCGGAACAAAUUAAGCCAAUCGAUGACCAAUGUCGCGACGAACAUCGAGAGUAGCGGAUUCUCGGUAAAACACGAGCCGGAAAAUUCUUUGGAAAGUUUGAUGACCUCUCACGUGGAAUCCAAACAGACGGAUCGAAAGAGGCAAGAGGAGUCGCAGAGGAUCGAGCAAGUUCAUCAAACGUGGCUCGAGGAUACGAUCCUGGCCGAAUUAGUAGCGAACAACGAGAACAAGGAUUUAACCAGAUACGAUUUCGAAUAUCAACAGGACGAGGAUUCAGAGGACGAUAUAUUGGAAGAAGAUUUGGGGGAGGAUGACUCUUACUCCGAGUCGGACGACGGGGAGGAUAGGGAACGUCCACCGCGCGGUCACACCGGUGGCAAAUGGAAGCCAGAAUUGGACGAUCUUCCUCAAAAUAUGUCUCAACUUCAGGACGACGAUGUGGACCCGGAAGACGAACAUCAAGAACAUCCGCCGCCGACUUACACCGGGGGCAAGUGGCGACCUUCGGAUACCUCGCAGAAGGCGGAGGAGUACGAGACCAAGAGCACCGAUGGACAGCCACCGCCAGGACACACGCGAGGGAAAUGGGUACCGGGCGCGCAAACGGAUAUCGAAUCAGGAUAUUGGUGCAAUCCUUGCGGCAGGAAACUUGCCUCUCGAUUGGUCUACAACAGGCAUCUUCUCUCUGAUUUGCACGCUAGAAGGAGCAUCCGAGAAAUCGAUGGCGUUCUUUGCCUACCGCGUACCGCGAGCUUGCACGUUGCGAGAAAGUCAUCGCCUCGUAAUCAAAGAACCAGACAAGCAUCGGAAACGAAGGGGGCGAAGAAGAGUUCGCGAAAGCGGGAAAAGGAAAUAGUUUGCUGCGAGAUGUGUCAUGCACGAGUGAGAAGGGCACAAAUGGGCAAGCAUUUGCUCUCUCAUUAUCACUGCCGCGUGGCCGGUGUAAAUCCUCGCGGGCCACGAGCGCGUCGCUUUUUACUGGAAAAUAUGGCGAAUGUGGUUCGGCAGUGUCCUUUUCAGUGUUUCUCUUGUCGCUUUUAUUGCAACACGGAGGAAACCUUUCUGCGUCAUUGGCGAUCCGAUCUUCACGCGAAAACGCUCGAACAGAUCGGCGGUGGCAGCUACAGAUGUACCCCUUGCGACUAUUGGUGCGAAGACGGGGAAACUAUGCAUUCUCACCUGCUCAGCUCGAGCCAUCGCGACGUUGUUUCCGUGAUGAAUGGUUCGGUACCGAUCAUGGUCGGUCGUCAACGAGCUCUGCCUUGUGGCAGCUGUGAUCGUCGAUUCCGAUAUAAUCUAGAGCUUCGCUUGCACAUCAGGGAAACUGGUCACGAAGAGAGUUUGACCGCGACGGACGAGUAUCAGCAGCGAAUCAAAUGCAAUUCGUGCCCGCAAAUAGUAAGAUCGUUGGUGGCGCUUCAACGUCACCAGUUGUCCUGUCACAGCGUAAAGAUCGAGAAGGACGAGACGAACGACUCGCCUCCGCCCGCUCCUUACUUUUGUUCCUUUUGCUCUAUGAACUUUGCGACCGCUCGAGAAGCGGUUUUGCAUCGCAGAACGUCCAGUCACAAAGAGACGGUAAAGGCACGGAAAAGCAAGGAGAACUCGUCGAUAACCACGACUCGAGAGUGUCCCCAUUGCGAGGAGAAGCAAGCGAAUUUGUCGGAGCACAAGAAACAUCUUCUCACCGAUCAUCCGGAGCUUUGUUACAGAUGUCCGAAAUGCGGCACGUUGUUUGCCCUUUCGCAAGACGUGACGAGACACACGAGAGAGAACAAGUGUCACGAGGAUGACGAGUUAAACGCGACGAAAAGGACGGACGUGAAAGACGAAUGGAAAUGCGGGAAUUGCAGCUUCUCGAGCAACUCCCAGGCCGAGUUUAUCUUUCACGAGGCUCUUCACGCGGGGGUCGUGGCGCGAAGCGAUAACGAGGACGCGAGUCGCGGCAAAUCGUCGUUGGCCAAGUAUCGUUGUCCCGUUUGCAAGAAGGCCUUCGCGAAAGUCUCGUUGCGGAAUCACAUAAGAAGUCACACCGGAGAACGGCCGUUUCCCUGUGCCAAGUGUCUCGUGCCCUUCUCGAGAAGAUCGGACCUGAACGCCCAUCAGAAGGAGUGCACGGGAUCGACGUCGUCCGGCUGGUCAGACGAAUCCGGACGGAAACGCAGCUUUGCCUGUUCCGAGUGCAACAACGCUUUCUACACCAAGCACGCUCUGCGGCAACACAUGUUGCGACACGCGGGAAAAAAAUACAAGUGCGGACUUCCGGGCUGUCCGACGGUCCUUCGAACAGCCUCCGAAUUGAGAUCGCACAGAAGCUUGGUGCACGACUGCACGCCGUCUAAUAGACGAUACAAGUGCUCGGAUUGCUCGUACGCGGCAAAGACCAAGACGCAGCUGCGACGGCACCGCAGUCGACACGACGGACCAGAGAACGCGACGAAAUCGCAAGUUCGCGCGUGUCCUUACAACGGCUGCGCUUUCAAGACGAAGCUCGCCUCUCAUUUGCAACGGCACGUGCGUCUUCACACGGGCACGAAACCUUACAAGUGUCGCCAUUGUAGUUACGCGAGCAACAACUUGGAGAAUCUGCGGAAACACGUGCUGUCCACGAACCUGCAUCCGGGCAAGACGAUCUACGAGUGCGACGUUUGCCAGGGUGAGGAGGGAACGCAACCGUUUCGGACCAACUUCGCCAAAGAGCUACGCGCGCAUCUGCUGGAGAUGCACGGAUCGGCGUUUCCGACGCCUAGCCACGCCAACGAUUACGUCUUGGGGAUUUUCGAGGUUCAUCGAAACGCUACGACUUUCGUCGCCGAGUCGAGUUAA